AUGCCGUCUUUCUUCGUGCCAGGCCACGGCCUGCCUCCUACCCCUCCUCACGUCAACAGCAGUGGUCGUAUGGACGAACCGUCCUUCUACCCGAUCAACCACUCUGCGUUCCCUCCCCGCUACCAUCAGAGUGGCUGUGAGUUUAUUGAAAAUUACUCCCAGUCUCGGUACACCAAGCCCAACUCGAUGAACCUGCACCACCAGUCGGCGAACAUGAUGCACCCUACUCGGGAGUCCUUGCACGGCAUGGCUCAGCAGCCCAUGUACGGACCGAUGGCAACUCUGCCACCGCUCCGCUCCAGUGUUCAGCUGCCGCCUAUGGACAGUGCCAUUCCCCCGCAGUACCGUCGUCAAGAUAUCGCCCCGAUGCAGCAAGAGCAACCCCGUAAGGAGGAAAAGGCAACCGGAGGUGUUGCCGCCCACCUGGAUUACGAAAUGGAUCGCAUGUCCGACUUCGUGGCGGAAAUGACCCAGGGAAUGUAUGCAUUGUACAACACCAAGAUCACCCUUGCAGAUAUUGACAUCAUGCGAAGCAUCUCCCCAGGAUCUUCGGUACCCCCUCAGUUCCGGAAAUACGUCUACCAGAUUUUGUCCUCGACCCGCCUGCCUAGCUCGACCAUCCUUCUGGGCCUGUACUAUCUGUCUUGCCGCAUGCGCCAACUCUCGUCUCAGCGCGUGUUUCAGACCAGCAGCGGUCAGAUCUACCGCAUGCUCACCGUGGCCUUGCUGCUCGGUAGCAAGUUCCUCGACGACAACACCUUCCAGAACAAGUCCUGGUCGGAAGUGAGCAAUAUCCCCGUGUCCGAACUUAACAAGAUGGAGUUGGAGUGGCUGUUCGCUUUCGAGUGGAAAAUCCACAACCGCAUGUAUGACGAGCAGGAUGGAUUUUCCUCGUGGCGCCGACACUGGGACAGCUGGCGCGCCAAGGCCAAUGCGCGGGCUCACCAAGAGUCUCGCCAGUCUUUGGCGCCCCUCGACACUAAUGUUGUUCGACAACAACAACAACAACACCAACAGACUGUCGCCAAACCCCUCAUGUCCCCCGAAGGCCCCAUUCCUCCUCAAUACCAGCGCGGCGAGAACUCGUGGCUCAACCCGGCCGCAUCUGAGUACUCACCUCCUUCGGCUCCUCACAGCGGGCCCAACACUCCUGACUACUACGCAGCUGGCACCUGGACAUACCCCAACCCACCACCGCCCUACUCGCGGGCCUGGAUUCCGCCCCCGCAGUACCUACCUGCAUCAGUACCUCGGUCACAGCCUCCGUCGUACCACCACACUCCGGCUUACGGUCUGCCCUUCGCACAGAGUGUUUGGACUGGUCACGGCUCCUCUUGUGGCUGUAUGUACUGUGCCAAACACGUCGAGCACUACAUGUGUAACACCGCCUUCCCGGCUCUGCAGCCCAUCAUUGCAGGUUAA